UGUUCGUAAAAAAAACAUCAGUCUGGUUGCAUGGAUGCAAGGUAUCGUCUUGUCUUCGUUUUGUUUUAGUCCACAAUUACAAGGGGGGAGACCUAGGAAUAUCAGAAUUACUGCUCCUCGCAGGGGAAGAAGAAGAGGAGGCGGCACCGCUCCGUGCUAGUGUGAGUGUCCGACAGUCGUAAGGGAGAGGAGUGGUGGAGACGGUUCUUAGUUUGACCAAAUCGUAGUGUGACCACUCCUGAAGUAGGCCCGCCAAGUUACCGUUGCUCACCGAGUCUCCCAACCCGCUAAUCAGAUCAGAUCUGACCUCAGCAGCACACGACCAACAAUACAUGAUGUGGACGCUAGUAGUACUCUCGCUGCCAUUGUGCUUAGCGUCGCUCGCCUGGUCGCCGGCAGGAGCGCUUCACUAUCCGGUGCCGGCAGCGGCGGCUCACCAUCGAGUGAGUCGAGAUGUUACCGUUCAGCCAUCGCCACCACCCGCUACCAGCAUUUGCGCCGUGGACAAAUGCAAGUGCACGUUCUCCAAUGGGUCAUAUAUCGACCUGUCGCCGCUAUCAAACACGAACGGCGAAGCAAGGUUUCAUCACAUUCUCAGCGUCAAUGAUCUGUUCUACUAUUACUGGAAUCCAUGUGAUCCAUUCACGGUGGGGAAUCCCCCUGCUGGUGACCCUACAGAUGAGUGCAAGGGCGUGACAGCUUGCCAGAACUGGUAUGAGUUCUACUCGGACCUGGGCUAUGCGGACACGAUGAAGUUUGGCGAAGACAACAACGGACUGUACGCAUACUACGAGGGGCAGAGUGAUCAGUAUGCGACUGAAGGCAGGGAGGUGUUUGUGUAUCUGAGAUGCGUACCGGACUUGAAGAUUCCCUCGUUCCAAGCGGUCGGAGAACUGGACGUCAGGUAUACAUUUGUGUUUGAGGUUCGUUCCAGCGCAGUGUGUUUGCAGACAUCCAGUUCAGGCAUCUCGCCAGGCACAAUCAUGUGCAUAGUGGCACUGGUCGGCGGCGUCCUUUACCUCGUCGGCGGAGUGCUGUUCAUGAAACUGGUCAAGAAGCAAGAAGGUAAGGAAAUCAUACCCAACUACACGAUCUGGGCCGCCAUUCCCAGCCUCAUCAAAGACGGAGCGCUCUUCUUGAAGGACAGGCUACCAGGGCCCGGCAAGAGCACCUACACUGAAACCCUGUGAGCGGAGCGCUCGGAGAACACACAUUCUAGCUGGUGUGAUCCCUGCUGCCGGUCAGAUUGUGUGCAUAACAAAGGAGAUCAAAAUCUUCACAAUACAAUCUCCUCUGAGCGGUUCGCUGUAACAGCAUGCUUCUCUUCUGGCAUCGCUGUCAUUGUCCAUAGCAAUGUGAUUAUGUAAAGAAAAACUACCGCGUCCCUAUCUGUACAGUUCCGUAAACUUUGUUUUUUUGGAAGCUAGCCUGGCCAGCACUCGAUUAUAUUUGGUGCCUACUUUGGCACACAUGCCAGCCAUGAUCCUAUCGUCAAACUCUAACUAGAUUUUCUUGUGGCAAGUUGUUUCAUGGCACCUGUAACGACAGGGGAAAAAGCAAUAGAUAUUCUAGCCGUGUACCGUGCAGGCAGCAAUGGCCAAUCCACGCCGUGGUGUGUGUGCCCUGCAUCGUGGGAAUCCAUUUCCCUGUCCUUCAAGCAUGAAUGCUGAACACAUAUAUGUCAACUUGUGUGCUGAGACUUAGUGAUUUUAUCCAAUGACAAUUGGAUCUCACCGAGUGAACGUACAUUGCAUCAUAAAUUCAAAAUACUUUCUGGAUCUUCCUAAUUAUUUCGUCUUGCACUCCUUUUCUGCUGAAGGAGUGCGAGCUUCCUUUAUUGGCCUUUCUAAAGCUGUGAAUUUUACAAUUCUAAUCUUUUUGUAACGGCAUUAAUUUUAUUAAACUCAUUUUCUGUGCUGGACACGUUUGAAUCUGAGUUCGCAAUUCUACUAUUUAUGCACUGUGUUUUUGUGCGAGUGGCACAGCAGGUAGAGCAUACAGAGCCGUGCAAGGUUUUACAUUGUCUCAUUUCUACAAGUAAUAUUACUAUAAAUUGAUAUUUUGAAAGGAUUGGAAGAACUUCGAAUUCGAA